AACCAAACAAGCACCCUAAGCGCGCACGCUCCCCAAAGCAUCCAUCCAUAAACUCUUUUUCUUUUCCUCGAGUCUUUACUCACUCGUUCACUCUCUUAGGACUUUGCCGCAUUCCCAUCCAUUAAGAAAGCCGCGUCGAAGAUCCGAAUCCGAUUAUGGUUUCCCGAUUCUAACUCUCCCUCAACCCAACGCUCCAAACACUCCCCUCUACUAGGGUUUCUGCUCUUCCGGCGGCGGCGACCCAGCUAUCAGUCACCAUGAACAUCUUCAGGAAGAAAACAUCUCCCAAAGAAGCUCUUAGGAGCAGCAAGAGAGACAUGGCGGUUGCCACCAGAGGUAUUGAAAGGGAAAUUGCUUCUCUUCAGAUGGAGGAAAAGAAAUUGGUGGCGGAGAUCAAGAAAGAAGCCAAAACUGGGAACGAGGCAAGUUUGUGUUCAUGCUGUUUUCCAGCUGCUACCCGAAUCCUAGCCCGACAAUUGGUCAGGCUUCGGCAGCAGAUCACGAAUUUGCAAGGAAGCCGUGCCCAAAUCAGAGGUGUCGCUACGCAUACACAGGCUCUCUAUGCCAGCACUUCGAUUUCUACUGGGAUGAAAGGUGCAACUAAAGCCAUGGUAGCUAUGAACAAGCAAAUGGCGCCUGCAAAACAAAUUAAAGUGAUCAGAGAAUUCCAGAAGCAGUCAUCACAACUGGAUAUGACGAUCGAAAUGAUGUCAGAAUCUAUUGAUGAAACAUUGGACAAAGAUGAAGCGGAAGAGGAGACAGAGGAGCUUACUAACCAGGUUCUUGAUGAGAUAGGUGUUGAUAUUGCAUCUCAGUUGUCUUCAGCUCCCAAAGGACGUAUUGCAUCAAAGAACGCACCUGCAGCUGCUGCUAGCACCGAGUCUGCUGAUGUUGAGGAACUCGAGAAAAGGUUGGCCUCUCUGCGACGCAUUUGAAUCCCUCAAUCCGGGAUGAAACUUCAUGAAGGGGUGAGGGAGACCUUGUUAGAACCAAGUGAGAUAGUGUUUGUAAAUUUUCCAUUAACGAAUUAAUAGUAAGUACCAGACAGUGGAAUGUUUCCUAUGGGAAUGUUGAAGUGACAUUGUUAUUACAUAUAUAUAUAUAGUUUAUAUUACGUUCAUG